AUGACGAUGAGAGUUUUCGUUCUUUUGUUUGUCGUAGCCACGUGUCAUGUAUGGGGUACGAGCAGCAGUGUUGAUGGACAAUGCAUAGAGAAGGAGAGAGAAGCCCUUGUAGGCUUUAAGCAAGGCCUUGUCGACGAAUACAACGUUCUAUCAUCCUGGGCAAGCACCGGCGGAGAUUGUUGCACUUGGAGAGGAAUCAGGUGUGAUAACUCAACUCAUCAUAUUAUUGCUCUUGAUCUUCCUGCUCAAUCUAAUGAACAAAUAUUGAGUGGUCAAAUCAGUUCUUCGUUGGCUGAGUUACAACAUUUGAGCUACUUGGAUCUUAGUGGCAAUAAUUUCACUAACAUUCCCGAGUUCAUUGGCUCUUUGUCUAGACUCACAUAUCUCGACCUUUCAGAUAAUCUCUUUGUUGGAAUCAUUCCUUCCCAACUUGGGAAUCUGACGAGGUUAAAGUACCUCAAUCUUUAUAACAAUAAUUUUACUAACAUUCCCGAGUCCAUUGGCUCUUUGUCUAGACUCACAUAUCUCGACCUUUCAUAUAAUCUCUUUGUUGGAAUCAUUCCUUCCCAACUUGGGAAUCUGACGAGGUUAAAGUACCUCAAUCUUGACAAUGCCCCUGGCUAUGGUCAGUUGAUUGGUAAUAGUCUUGAAUGGCUUUCUCAUCUCAAUUCUCUUCAAUACUUUGGGCUUGGAAAUACUGAUUUGACCAGAGCCACAAAUUGGUUUCAAUCAUUCAAAACAGCCUCCUCCCUAUCAUUUUUGGCAUUGUCUAAUUGUGUAUUACCACAAGUAGAUAUCUCAUCUCUUUCGCAUUCCAAUUCAUCCUCUAAUUCUCUCACAGAUCUUUCCAUUGUGAAGAGUUCCGUACACCCCACAACAGUUCCUUGGUUGCUCAAUAUCAGCACCAGUCUCGUUAAUCUUUCACUAUCUGAUAGUGACAUUAAAGGACCUCUUCCAAAUUCUUUUGAAAACAUGAGAUAUCUCAAGAAAAUUGAUUUGUCGGCCAAUGAAUUCGAAGGUGGAAUACCAAAAUCGUUGGGGAAUCUUUGCAGUCUUAAAUUUCUAUGGUUGGAAUGGAACAAGUUCAACACAACACUCGGUGAUGUUUUAAAAAGCCUCGACGGCUGUGCUAGAAACUCAAUGCGUAUUAUGGAUCUGAAUGGGAACAACCUAAGAGGUUCUUUCCCUGAUGAUUUGAAUACAUUUCCGCCCCGUCUACAAUAUUUAAGCAUCUUUGACAACUACCUCGAAGGACCCAUACUGACCAAUCUUUCAGUGUUGUCAGACCUUAGAGUAUUGCUUGCCAAUCAUAACAGGUUCAAUGGCACUAUACCUGAAAGUAUUGGUGAGCUCCAAUAUCUCGAGGAUUUCGAUUUCUCUGAUAACGAUUUCUCUGGCCUUGUCUCAGAAGUUCACUUCCGUAAACUUUCCAAUCUAAAGGAACUGUACUUAUCUCGGAACAUGUUAACAUUGAAACUCAAUGGUGCAGCAGAGGAGUAG